AGAGGCAAACAGAUUUACUUCAUGAAGACUAAAACGGAGCUCUACAAGGACUGGGAAGAGAAUGACAGUCUCAAGACUGGUGCAGAUGCUGAGCAGGAUGCUGCUAUCAAACUUGCCCAGGAACGAGCAGAAAUAGUUGCCAAGUAUGACAGAGGACGUGAGGGUGCUCAGAUUGAACCGUGGGAAGAUGCUGACUACCGUCUUUACAAAGUCACAGAUAGAUUUGGGUUUCUACAUCCRGAGGAGCUUCCUGUCCAUGAUGCAGUGAUAGAAAAGCAAAAGCACCUUGAAAUUGAAAGAACUACAAAAUGGCUUAAGAUGCUGAAAAGCUGGGAAAAAUACAAGAAUAGUGAAAAGUUUCAUAGGAGAAUUUAUAAAGGGAUCCCACUUCAGUUCAGAGGGCAAGUCUGGUCUUUGCUGCUUGAUGUUCCUAAGAUGAAAGAAGAAAUGAAAGACUUUUAUAAUAAAUUGAAGUGUCAAGCACGAGGGUCUUCACCAGAUAUUCGGCAAAUUGACCUUGAUGUUAACCGGACGUACAGAGACCACAUCAUGUUUCGGGACAGAUACGGUGUAAAGCAACAAUCUUUGUUCCAUGUUUUAGCGGCAUAUUCCAUAUAUAAUACGGAAGUUGGAUACUGUCAGGGAAUGAGCCAGAUCACAGCUUUGCUCCUGAUGUACAUGAAUGAAGAAGAUGCCUUCUGGGCCUUGGUGAAACUCCUCUCUGGUCCAAAGCACGCUAUGCAUGGUUUUUUUAUUCCUGGUUUUCCAAAACUGAUGAGGUUUCAGGAACAUCAUGACAAAAUACUGAAGAAAUUUUUGUCCAAACUUAAGCAGCAUUUGGACUCCCAGGAUAUGCCCACCAGCUUUUACACAACCAAGUGGUUUUUCCAGUGUUUUCUUGAUCGUACUCCCUUUACUUUAAGCCUCAGGAUAUGGGAUAUCUACAUACUUGAAGGAGAGCGGAUUCUCACUGCUAUGUCUUACACAAUUCUGAAACUGCACAGAAAGCAUCUGAUGAAAUUACAAAUGGAAGAGCUUGUAGAAUUUCUGCAGGAGUCUUUAUCCAAGGAUUUCUUCUAUGAAGACGACUUUGUAAUAGAGCAGCUCCAAAAUUCUAUAUCAGAAUUGAAACGAGCAAAGCUGGAUUUACCAGUAGCUGGUAAAGAAGAUGAAUUUCCAAAGAAGCCAUUGGGGCAGAUUCCAUCAGGACCUCAGCCUUCUGUGCUUAAUUCCACUCCAGUGCUUAAUGGACAGAACAGCACUGGUACACAAGCAGCAAGAAGGACAGAGAGACCACCAUCCACAGAAGAAGAACCAGAAACUUCACCAAAUGACCGAAAAAGAAUUAAUUCUGUGGARAAGAAACCUUCUUUAAAACAGCAGAAGAUUCGACCAAUAGAGACACAAAACAGUUUGCCUAAGAACGAGGUAGAUACCAGAAAAAAGCCUCAGCCMAUAGAGCAAGACAACUCGAGUCUAUACAAUAAUGCAGCUGCUAAUCAAAAUUCUAAUGCUACUUCCAAUGCAAGAAGGGAAUUUGUACCUAAGUGGAAUAAACCAUCUGAUAUCAAAAUAAUGGAAAAGACAAUGAAACUCACKGCAGAAGUGAAAGGGAGGCCAGUAAACCAUUCGGUUUUGGGCCCACCACCAAGUCCUGAAGRAAUGCAGCCUUUGAAUGUAAAGCAAAAGGUGAGGGUUUUGGAUGCUGAUGAAGGUAAGCGAGGGUCUAAUGCAUCUCAGUAUGACAAUGUUUCAGAGGAUGAAACUGAGAACGAGAAUCCUGUUGAAGAGAUGCUUGAGAGAACUCAUCCACAGAGUCCUAGGCACGUAGCAUUUCCUAACAGUCCAAGAAAGCAAACAGAAAAAAUACCAGCUCCWUUAAAAAUACCCAAUAAUUACACCUUCACUUCACAACCCAGAUCUCCAAAAUAUGCAUCUCAGUCUGAUGUUCCACCUCAUGGACUGAAUGUAAAACAGCCACUGCCAGGUUAYAGUAAUCCCCCUAUUUACUAUGGGAAUUCUCCAAAGCAUGUUUCCAGUAUAGGAAAUGCAAGUUCUGCACCUCUGCAUUACCAUGGGAAUCGAACCAGCCCCUCUGGAAGGCCCUACCCGCCUUUUAUGUCAGUAGAUUAUUCCACAAAUAAACUGCCCAUGAAUUCCUAUCCUACCAKUCGCCAAAAUCCCCUUUCACCAGCCCCUGGUCAGACAGAAGUCGCUCCUGUUGAUGCUUACACCAGCAACUCGAGGUCCUCCCCGGGUGUCAGGUUCAUAAUCCCACCAGUGGAUUAUUUACCAGAGGAGAGAAAGUGGCCAGACACCACCUACAUCUACAGACACGAACCCUACAGGCAGCCCUGGAGCCAAGACCUUAACAAAGGCCACUUGGAUCAUUUCCAGAAAUACCAGCAUUUUCAGUCAACACCUUUACAAGACCACAGUCUUCCUGCUGUUUCCAUGGAUAGUCCAGUAAGAUUCAGGACUUCACCAGCCUUUGAAGAGAAUGGUUCGCCACAGUAUCAAUAUUCAAGCCCAUCAGCUCAAGCCCAACAGUAUCGGAACAGAACUGAUGGAUUGUCURUGCAUGAGUCUGUGCUUCUCUGAGAAUCUGGCUGUGCUUAGUAAAAUGGCAAGAACCAAAACCAGUUGAACAGUACUGUGUUAGUAGUAGUCCACCUCAGUUCUUCUCUGAAAAGUGGUUCAUGUGAGUUUAAAAAUAACUACACUGUUUCAGAGAUAUUUCAGACUUUGGUUUGAAGGCUGGUGGAGUUCUUGGACUUGCAUGGAAGUGAUCUAAUGCACAUAGACAUAGCAAUAAGCUCAUAUAYGCCAUGUGGUUCAUGCUGUCAUCGCUCCUUACAUUGAAAUAACUUGUGUUACAAUCCUUCUGCCUAAAACCUGUAACACACUUAAAAGUUUAAUUUUGACUGACAUUGUUAAUGCACUGUACAGAUGUGUGUGUGUGUG